UAGUUAAGAAUAAAAAUCAUGGCAGCUUCGCGUUUGAAACAAUUUUGUUUAAAGCUGCGCUUCAAGUCAACGCAACUCUUCAUUGUGGCUGGUGCUGUGUUGCUUUCACUGCUAGUGACGCUGUUGUGCAUCGGUUUAACCAUACGCUACGAAGUGGAGCACGAGGUGGCCAACGUGGCGGAUGUGGAUUAUUGGAAAGAUCAAGUAUCCGCUGCGCAAAAAGUGUGGUACGACAAAGGCAUCGAAGAGUUGAAGCAAGCGUUGCGAAUUUAUUCGCCACAAACGCAGCCACGUCAAGUGUUGCUGCUGCUUAUCAGCGGCAUCUCAGCGGCAACUUUAGCGGCAGCAAGAUUCGAGGAAGAGUUGCAACAUUCUCCCUUUGUGUGGGAUCAAUUUCCGCAUGUGGCGAGGAUCAAAAACAGUUGCAGCUCGCAUUCGCCUUGCGAUGCAAACUUGGUUUAUCGCUCGCUCUUUUCGGGAGUGCCGCUGAAUGAAGUUGUAAAUCAUCCGUGCAACCACACGUUGCACAGUGUUUUGAGGCAAGCUCAACUUGCGGGUUUGCGCACCGGGUUUGUGACCAAUCAACGCAUCACAGGCGCCGCAGCUGCGAGUUUAGUUGCCUCUACCAACUGGGAAUGCGAUGGCUUAAUGCCAGCUGGACUAAUCGACUCUGGCUGCCAAGAUGUGGCACAGCAGCUCAUCUUUAGCGAAGCGGGGCAAGCACUUAAUGUGCUGCUUGGAGGUGGACGACAGCUGCUGAGUGCCAAAGUUCCAGUUUACAACUGGGAUCCUCUGGAUGAGCAGCUGUGCCGCGCCAGAAGUGGACGAAAUUUGCUUCGCGAUUGGAGCAAUCAAAAACUCAAACUUCAACCUAAACAGCGCUUUGAGUUGCUGCAGCUUGCCACAGAGCUAAACACGUUGAAUGCCACAAACUUAGAUUAUUUGUGGGGCGUCUUUGCAAAUGCAAAUCUCCAUCAAAAUUCUCAAGCUCCGUCCUUAGAUUUGAUGCUCAAUAAAACGCUUGAAGUGCUUCGUCGUCCAGGUGUUGGACAUCUUUUAAUCGUUGAGCACGUGCUGCAGCAAUCUGUGGAUGCCACACAGCAGCUGAGGCAACUUAAUGAAACUUUGACUAAUUUUAUGCAACAACAAAAGAAUACUUUAACCCUUGUGCUGCUCACCAAUGGCAAUUAUUUAAGCACGAGUCGCGAUGUCAGCGAAGAAACGGAGAAUAUUAAUUUGCUUGAGGACUUUUUUGAGUUGACUGAAGUUGAACUACAACUUCAAAUGCAGAAGCUGCCUUCUGAGAGUUUGCUUUUUGCUAAGGGUCCCAAAUCUUUGCUCUUUUAUGGCGUGCACGAAGAAACUUAUUUGGCCCAUGCUUUGGCUUAUGCUCUAGGAUUAAAUGAUUUCGAUAAUCAACUGUAAACGAAGUGAUUCUUAAACUUAUCCAUCGAUAGCCUAGUUUGUAAGAUACUGUUAUAAA